CUCUCCACCCUGUAAGUCUCUUGGGUGACCCAGUGGGCAUUGAAGUCACCAUGUUCAGCUGGUUGAAGAAGGGCGGGGCUCGGAGUCAGCAACCGGAGGCCAUCCGCACUGUGACCUCGUCCCUCAAGGAGUUGUACCGUACGAAGCUUAUGCCGCUGGAGGAACACUAUCGUUUCGGGGCUUUUCAUUCACCAGCCCUCGAAGAUGCCGACUUCGACGGCAAACCCAUGGUGCUGGUGGCCGGCCAGUACAGCACCGGCAAAACCAGCUUCAUCCAGUAUCUUCUAGAGCAGGAGGUCCCGGGCUCCCGCGUGGGCCCCGAGCCCACAACCGACUGCUUCGUGGCUGUCAUGCACGGCGAGACAGAAGGCACCGUGCCGGGCAAUGCUCUCGUUGUGGACCCGGAGAAGCCCUUCCGCAAACUCAACCCCUUUGGAAACACUUUCCUCAACAGGUUUAUGUGCGCCCAACUCCCCAACCAGGUUCUGGAGAGCAUCAGCAUCAUCGACACGCCUGGCAUCCUGUCGGGUGCCAAACAGAGAGUGAGCCGAGGUUACGACUUCCCAGCUGUCCUGCGCUGGUUUGCCGAGCGCGUGGACCUCAUCAUCUUGCUCUUCGACGCCCACAAGCUGGAGAUCUCCGACGAGUUCUCAGAGGCCAUUGGUGCUUUGCGCGGCCACGAGGACAAGAUCCGCGUGGUACUCAACAAGGCGGACAUGGUGGAGACACAGCAGCUGAUGCGCGUCUACGGGGCGCUCAUGUGGGCGCUGGGCAAGGUGGUGGGCACGCCGGAAGUCCUGCGCGUCUACAUCGGCUCCUUCUGGUCCCAGCCGCUCCUUGUGCCAGACAACCGGCGCCUUUUCGAGCUCGAGGAACAGGACCUCUUCCGUGAUAUCCAAGGUCUACCGCGUCACGCGGCACUGCGCAAGCUCAACGACCUAGUAAAGCGGGCGCGGCUGGUGCGGGUGCAUGCUUACAUCAUCAGCUACCUGAAGAAAGAGAUGCCCUCAGUGUUCGGGAAGGAGAACAAAAAGAAGCAGCUGAUCCUCAAGCUGCCUGUCAUCUUUGCGAAGAUCCAGCUCGAGCACCACAUCUCCCCUGGGGACUUUCCUGACUGCCAGAAGAUGCAGGAGCUGCUGAUGGCACAUGACUUCACCAAGUUCCACUCGCUGAAGCCAAAGCUGCUGGAGGCCCUGGAUGAGAUGCUGACGCACGACAUCGCGAAGCUGAUGCCGCUGCUUCGGCAGGAGGAGCUGGAGAGCGUGGAGGCUGGCGUGCAGGGCGGUGCGUUUGAGGGCACCCACAUGGGGCCCUUCGUGGAGCGGGGCCCUGAUGAGGCCCUGGAGGAUGGCGAGGAAGGCGAGGAAGACGAUGCCGAGUGGGUGGUGACCAAGGACAAGUCCAAAUACGAUGAAAUCUUCUACAACUUGGCGCCUGCCGACGGCAAAUUGAGCGGCUCCAAGGCCAAAACCUGGAUGGUGGGUACCAAGCUACCCAACUCUGUGCUGGGCCGGAUCUGGAAGCUGAGCGAUGUCGACCGAGAUGGCAUGCUGGAUGACGAGGAGUUUGCCCUGGCCAGCCACCUCAUUGAGGCCAAGCUCGAGGGCCAUGGGCUCCCCACCAACCUCCCCCGACGCCUGGUGCCCCCUUCCAAGCGACGCCAGAAGGGCUCUGCUGAGUGAGACAGCCGCAGCCGCUGGCUCUCUCUCCCACUUUGCCUUGCUGUGGCUCCCCGGCUCCAGCUGGCUACAUGGCUACACGCAGAUCCUUGCUCUGGCCCACUCACCUUGCCUGCUCACCCUGCCC